AUGUCUUCCACAAACUUUCUUCUUCUCCUUCUUGGAGCGGUGGUUCUUCUUGCUGCUCCAUCUGAACCCUCCGACCUCCUUCCCGACGGCAAGCCUUACAAACCACCUUACAAGCCACCCUACAAGCCCCCACCUCAUAAGGGAUACCCUCCCGUUGAGGAAGCGGAAGUCGAUGGCUACAAGCCGCCUCAUAAGAAACAUCCCCCCGCUGAGGAAGCCGAAGUCGAAGUCGAUGGCCACAAGCCACCUUACUACAAGCCGCCUUACCACAAGCCACCUUACUACAAGCCGCCUUACCACAAGCCACCUCGUAAGGGACAUCCUCCUGCUGAAGAAGCCGAAGUCGAAGUCGAUGGCCACAAGCCACCUUAUUACAAGCCGCCUUACCACAAGCCACCUUACCACAAGCCGCCUUACCACAAGCCGCCCACGGCUAACUGA